AUGAAUAUGAUUUACAUUGAUUCUGUUCAAAUCAAGGUCAAACUUGUCGAGUAUCAAUAUGAUAAACCAGAAUCUAAACAACGAUAUCGAGAUAUGUGGGAUAAUAAAAUUCAAAUCUUUGCAAAAGAGUCUGACACGGAAAUAUUCGAGAGCGUGCCAAAACCAUUGAAAAGUUAUACACUCUCAAAUUAUGUAGAAGAUUUAUUUACAUAUUUAAUACCAGCACCAUUAACUUCCAAAAAAACUUGGUUCUUGCGAAUUAUGGCUGGUGAUGAUGAAAAAAACCUAUGGACAGAUAUGGGUACUAUUCAACUUAAGCCUGCUGAUACUUGUUCAUUAGAUGAAAUCGAUGUAAAAUACAUGUUUGGGAUAAACAGAAAAAAUACGAUUGUUUUACGCAUUACUCCUAAUACCUCAAUACAAUUUUCUGAUAUCACUAUUGAAGACAAUUUGAUGAAAGAAAAUGCAUCUAUUACGACAUCAGAUGAAUCAAAAGAAGCUUCAAUGACAACAGACAAAUCUACUACUUUAAUCGAUACUUUGUCAGAUCAUUUAUUUUUCGAGUUACUUAAAGAGUAUCGAGAUUUGAGUGCUUUCGAAAGAAAGAGAAAACUUGGAAAUUGGAUAAAAGAUCUAAAUCGUGUGUGCAGAGAUAUUGAACAAAUAACCAUAUAUGAUUGCAAAAUGCCGGAACUACCAUUCUAUAAUCCUAUACCUAAACAAGACAGUAUAAUUGCAACACCAACAAUUGCACUGGAAAGAGAUUUUCAAACACUAAAAGUUUCAUCUCCACCCACGCAUCAUUUUCUUAUGACUCUACUAUUAUCGAAGUACGAAUAUUUAGAAAGAACAAUCGUACAAACAGUGAACACAUUAAAUGCAACAGUUGAUGAAAAUGAACUCAAUCGAAUUCAACAUCGUAUUUUUCUAGGAUUUGAUUCAGCCGAUGCUUUAAAACAAGAAUUACAAACAUUCAAAGAAGUAUUUCAUUUCGACAAGUUAGCAGCUACUCUAUCGAAAUUACAUGAUGCAUCACUUGCUAUAGAAAAAGAUCUACAAUCUAACAUAGAAUUUCGACAGAUACUCGAUAGAUCAUUAGAAAAUCUUCAACGUAAUGGCUUUCUCGUCCAAUUGAUUGACAACGAAGAAACAGUAUCAAAAGAGAAUGUUGACAAAAUCUAUACAAAACAAAUGCGUCUAUUACUCCGUGAUGGAAAUGGAUUGGCUGAACGUGAACUUAAUUUUGGCUUAGAAAUCUAUCGUAUUCUGAUUUCGAUUGAAUUGAAUUUGAUACAAUUACUUGUUCAUCCACUCGAAACAAAAGAGCAUUGUGAGAAAGCUAUUUUUAUACUCGAUACGAUAAGAAAGCAUCUAGUCCGAAAAGAACAACAAACAUUGAUGAAUGAAAAAGAAUUAGGUGCGUGUCAAGUGAUCAUUGAUGAAACAUCAGUUCUGAUCCAUGAACGAAAAAAACAAAUGCGAUCUAUUACACAGCCAUCACGUAUAGCUAAUCUAAACGAAAUAAGUAAAAAAGUUAAUGUUACAACACUGAUGAAGUCGACCGGUUCACCAUCUACAAGUAAAAUAACGCUUAAUAAGCAGAAUGGCGAAUAUUUUGCAUCACAUUCAUCGAUUAUCAUACAACUGGGACAAAUCAUUCAGAAUUGGUCUUAUGCACAAUUAAAUACAAAAUCAAUUCAAAUUGUAAAUAAUAGUGAUGAUGAAAUCAAUUUUGAUAUGUCAUCUACUUCUGAUGAACGUUCCAAAUCUGCAUUUGUGAUUCAUCAUUCAUCAUCUGUCCUUGAUCCACAUGAUUUGAAUACUAUCAAGGUAACACCAAAUAGUGAAAUUAAUCAAGGUAAAUAUCAAGAACAAUGGCAAUUGAAAUUAGGAAAUAAUCGUUUGAUCAUAUCUAUUAUUCUUUGUUGCGAAAUAAAACAAUUUUCGAUUGGUAUCGAUCUACCAUUGUUCGAAGCAACAGUUGAUGAUCAAUCGUUGAAUCAAGUCAAAACUUAUUUAAUCGAUUUUGGCAUAGUUCUCGCUUGCUCUGAUAAACAUGAAAAACGUUCAUUUACUCUUCAAAAUCCAACAGCACUCGAUCUACGAGUUAAAAUACGUCGAGAAGGUGGUGCCAUUGGAAAAUUUGAAAUUGAUAGUAAAUAUUCAGCAUUUUUCCUACUUGCAUACGAAUCAAAAACAUUAACUGUUGAUUGGAAUAUACAAGAUAUAGUUCAAGAUGCAAGAUGUGUCUAUGAAAUUUACUUUAGUAAAGAUUUCAAAGUUCGAAUUAUUUGUUUAGGCAAAUUACGAAGAAUUUCUUAUGAUCUCAUUUAUAAAUCAAUAUCUUUAACAGGGAAAAAGUUUUGUAUUGACUUAGAACCAUGUCUUCCAGGCACAACUCUCUAUGAAGAACUUACAAUACACAAUACAGGUGAAGUAAAAAUGGUCAUCGAAUCAAAACCUGAAAAUAUUUCGAAAAUGGUUGUCAUGAUGCUAUCUCACCACCAAGUUCUUCUGGAACCAGGUACAUCAUUUAUAUUGAAAAUCGGAUUACAAGUCAAAGAUGCACAUCGAGUAAUCGAAAAUCUUAUUGAUUUUAUUUUUCCUAAUGCAAGUCAACGUCCAUCGUUUAAAUUAAUAUUCAAGACGACAUCCGGUUGGCCAGAAUUAGAUAAAUCUCGCGUUAACUCUCUUAUAAAACUGCAAGUUUCUGAAGAAGCUAACGAUACAAAAGGUCAACUCAUUCUACACAAUAAAGGUCCGGUAAAAAUGUUCAUUGAUGAUAUACAUACCACAUCGACACAUGUCACUAUUGACAACCAUGUUCUGUUUCCAUUUAUCAUUCUACCUCAACAAACAGUUGAAUGUCAUUAUACAUACCAAGUUCAAAAGAAAUUAGCCUCAUUUGAUUGUGAAUUUCUUCUUCAAACAAACUGUAAAGAAAGAAUACAACGUAUUCCUUUCAAUUGUAAACGAAUGGCUGCGAUCAUUUCAUUAGAUCAGAAUAUUCUUCAUUGUGGUACACGAACACCAGGCUCAAAAAUUCCACCAUUUACAAUUGCAGUUAGAAAUGAUGGAAAUUUAUCUGCUCAAUUAGAAUACGAAUCAAAAGAGAAUUCUAUAUUCAAUUUCAAAUUUGCGAAUAAUGAAAAAAUUAUUGCACUAUCUCCACUUCAUCCACGAAAAAUUACAUGUACGGUUGAAAUAAAACAAACUGCACCAACAGGAAAUUUCAAAUUUGAUCUACCAUUAGUAGUUCGACUUUCAGAAAGAACGAUCAAAAGAUAUAAAUUGAUCAUUACUGGACGAAUCGAACCUCAAGAAAUAUUAAUAGAUAACAAACAACGGAUUGAUCUUCCAUCAUCAUGGAAACAUUUAUCACAAUCCGAAACCGAAACACGAUUAAUGGAAUUACUCGAAGACAAUACGAAUCUAUUUCGUCAAAGAGCAGCCACAGCCCUUGCUCCAAUUAUCACUCUAAUCGAUGGAUUAGUACAUUCCGAUCCUAAACGUUCAGAUACUCCUGCAGGUUUAACAUGUGAUUUGAUAUUGUCAGCUGUUGAAUCCGAUAAUCAUGAAGUGACAACAUAUACAAAUAAUAUCUACGAAAGUCUCAAACAUACAUUUGAAACAUUGACAACAACUGAAUGGAGAACUUUGUACGAAAAAAUACACGUAAUUGUGAAUGAAAAUUUGUCAAGAGCUAUUAUCGGUAUAGAAGGAAAGACACAAGCCGAAAAUCUAUCAUUAGCAAUUGAUUGUGCUGAAAAAUUAUCGAUUCUUUUCGAACAACAUGCAAGAAAGGAACAUGAACAAAUACUUGCACGUUUAAUUGAAUAUGAAAAGAAUAAUCAUAAAGAUCCUAGUAAAGAAAAUAUGGCAAAAAAACGUUUACUCGAUUAUGCAACUGAUUUAGUCAUGAAUCAAGAUGAAACUCAAAAACUAUCGAACAAGGAUAAACAACAGUUGAAAAAUUUGAUGGAAAAAGUAGUUAACACAAUUGAAGCAGUCGAAGAUACUAAAAACCCUGAACAAGCCUUAAGUACACUAAUCUCAGAAAUUACAACUGAAACAAAUCGUGAUCCACUACAAUUUCUUGAUCGACUAUUACAAUUAUCAUCUGAUGGUGAAUCGAUUAAUGAAAAUGUCAUUUUGCAGAAAAUGUUCGAAUCGAAUCUGCCAUUGGCUGAUUUGCAGCUUGUCACACAAGCAAUAGCUGCUUCGAAUAAUACUCUAUCUCCUUCUACUGUAUUCGAUUAUGUUCAAGAACAAUUAGAUGAUACAGAUGAAUCAAAAAAUGUCGUUGAAUUUAUGAAAUUAAGUGAAAGAAUUUCGAAUGAUAAAUUUUCACCAUCAAUAAACGAUCUAUCAACCUUUCCAUGUGUUCUUGCUUCACUAUCACCCGAUUUAAGUUCAACCGACAAAGAUACACUUCAAGGUUUACAACGUCUCAUUUCGAAUUUGACAAACGAAAUGAAACAAUCAGACAAAACAGAUCGAGACUGGAAAAUGUUCAUUGAUGAUAUAUGUACAACACUGCGGUCACAUAUUGAUCCAGCGACUGUCGAUUCAUUGAGAACAGUACUCACUAUCAUUCUAUUAUCGGACCAGACAUCGAUCUGCAAUAAUCAAGUCUGUGGUGAUAUUAUUUCUUCAAUGUUAAAUUUUGGAAAUGAUCGUUGCCGAUUAUUAUCGUUUGAUUUGAAAAAACUAAUUGAACCAAAAGAUUCAUAUAAUCUCUUGGAAACUGUAUUAUCAAUAACAUGUCACUGCCGUCAAUUAAAAUCAAAACAGAUCGUUUGGAUGGAAAUAUUGCAAAAAAAAUUUGCCCAAUUCCAAUUAGAACUGUCAUCUCCAACUUUGGUCACAAGUUUUGUUAAGACAGUUGAAGCAUCUCUUGUCGACGAAUUGAAAUUGAUCGAACAUAAAAACCUCAAUCAUCAUUUAGCGACCAUAUUCGAUAGCAUUUAG